AUGGCUUCCCCUGCGCCCUCGACGCGGCGCAGCCUGGGCUCGUCGUCCACCGGCUUGCCGAGGCCCUCAGGCGACAAUCCGACCAUCUCCAUCAACACGCUCGUCAGCCAUCUGCUCCGAUCAAAGCGGUCGCUGUCGUCCAUCACUCUCGUACUCAGAGCCGAAGAAAUCAUCCGGGCGGCUCGCAAUCAGCAUGAGGAGACGGUCGUGCUGAUGGCCCAGACCAAGUUCCUGCGCGCUGCCAUCACCGACCAGGCGCAGCUUCUGUCGCGUCUCGCGGCGAGCCUGCAGGCCACCAACGAGUGGGGGAAGAAGGACUUUUUCCAGUUGCUGAAGCACAUGGACGACGUCGACGCGCAGCUCAAGGGCACCAUGGACAUGCUGCGGGAGACGCCCGUCGACCCGGCGCUGCGGCCCCAGGGGGAGGAGAGCAAGAACCUCAUGGACUUUGUCGAUGAGGCGAGCGUUGGCGCAAUACAGGAAUCCAUGAGGGCAUGCAUAUCUGAGCUGCAGGCUAUCCAAAUGUCGUUCGACGGUGACCUACUUCGACUCGAGACCGAUAUUCGAAACACAAAGAAGAUCAUGGACAGUGCGCCAAUACCUGCGCCGCCUAACCAAGGCAUGUCAGACAUGAUGCUCGACCUGUUUGAGCACUCAACCGUCAUGGCCGAGAGCCUAGCAUCUCUGACGCGACAUUUCGACAUGUGCGUAACGGCUGUCCGGACGACCGAGGGAGCCGCAGCUUUGGCCCGCAGAAUGGCCGCCGAGGCGACUCAGACCCAGGGCAGCGAAAGCGUGUCGAUUUCGGGAGUCAUUGCCGAGCAGGAGUCCAACAAAUCCGACCUCGAACCGCAAACAGCACAGGACCGAGCGGAGAUGCUACGUGUCGUCAUCCAGGAUGCGGACAUGGUGGAAGACGUCGUGCGCGAUAUACAAGAACACCUUGCCCAGAUUGAGCUCAAGUACUCAGUUCUGCAAGACAUGGCGGAGCGGACAAGGGCGGCCAAUGCUGGCAUCCUCGAUGCAUUCACCCAGUUGAGCGAAGUCAGCCAUCGCCUAGCGAGCUAUCAGGCUGCCGAAGACGACUUUUUAAGCCGAUGGGCGAUGGAAAAGGAAGUGAUAUUUGCAAAGAUUGAGGAGAUGACGGAAAUGAGAGCAUUCUACGAAGGAUAUGCGAGUGCCUACCACGGCUUGCUCAUCGAGGUCGCCCGCCGCCAGACUGUCGAAGAUAAAGUGCAGGCCACUCUGCGCAAGGCGCAAGAGACUGUCGACAAGAUGCUCGAGGCUGACCGUGCCGAGCGGGAGACUUUCCGCCAGGAAGUGGGCGAGUUUCUGCCUACCGAUCUCUGGGCUGAUAUGCAGGGGUCGGUCAGGAGGUGGAAGAUUGUUCAGGAUGAUGAUGAACAGUCUCCGGAGGCGAAUAGGACGAGCAGCUAA